UUUAAAUAUAAACAAAAACAAAACAUAAAUCUUCUGCGAAUUAUUCGAAAAAAAUAUUAGAAUGCAAAAUAUGUGCUUCAUUUGUGUGAAGGAAAAAUUACACUAAACUAACUUAAAGGAAGAAGAUUUGUGGAGAAAGAAAGUUUUGUUUCUAAAAGGAGACAAGGAUAUAAAAAAUUAAAAUAAAAUAUUAUUUUAGUUUUUGGAUAAAUAUUUACUGUUGAAAAAUAAUGUGCACAGAGGUUAAUUCUGCAAUGGGUCUUCAAGCUACUGCCGCUAAUAAGCGGAAGCAUGAUAUUACGUUUGAAGGCAAGGAUGCAAAUACAUAUACAAACUGUCCGCCACCAAACAAGACCAGCAAAUGGUCACUUAACAACAAUAAUUACAUUGAAGCAAUUGAAGAACAAUUAACAGGCCAUAAGCUUACCAUUAACGAUAGUAAACCAACAGCAACACUUGUAGAGUGCACAAAAGACACUAUAAAUUUAAACAACAACAAUAAUGAAAGUAAAAGUUGCAGCAAUGACUGCAGCAAUAAUACCACAUUAACGAGUAUUAACGGUAAAGAAGUUACUAAAGUUACUGAACAUAUAACAACAACAUCACCUUUAGUCAGCACAUUGGUAACAAGUUUAAUUCCUACAGCAGCCGAAGUUUCAGCAACAACGCCGCUGCCUCCCACAUCAACUACACCCGUCCCUGAAGACAGUAUUGCUAAAUUAGAAGUUGUGGCAGCUGUACCCUGUGAACCAUGGGCGACAAGCACCGAACCAGUUGAUUGUAUAUCAAAACUGCAAGCAGUUGCAGUACCUAGCGAUCCAUGGGGUAGCAUAUCAACUCGUUCAACACUCGCUACAACGCUACUCAGCGCUGAUGAGUUAGACGAUGACGACGAUGAUUUUGAAGAUGAUUAUGAGGAAGAAGAGAGCAUCAUACCAACCUAUUGUCCAUUACGGUAUCAUUCAUUUCCACCAACUUCAACGCCGCCACAUCAGUCACCUCAACGUUUAGGUGGCUAUUCUCCCGCACAUGGUUAUGUUUCAAGGCCUAAUUUCUAUUCAGAACCUUUUCCACAACAAAAUUGCUCACGCACUGGCAGUCCACAACAUGUUCGUAUAGUGAAUGGUUUUACACAAUGGCAAGCUAGCAAUAAUGGUGCACAACAGUUUUAUGUACCACCUGAAGCGGCUUAUCCGCCGCCGCAGCAACAGCAGACAAUACGUUGUGCUGAAAAUGGCAAAUCUUAUCUGGAACUUGGUUGUAGUAGUCCAACACCAAAUGUGAAUAAUAAUACACCUGUUCCUCCACCGCCAUUCAACAGUUUACACGUAGCUGCAGCUAACUUAGAUGCUAGACAUCCAUUGAAACGUUGCUGUGAUGGGCGCAGUACUUGGUGCAAUACGAACAAAAACUGCUACAAAGAUAUACGAUUAAAAAUACGAAACAUCUCCAUGUUUAAGUUAUCGCGUUUCCGUCAAGUUUCAGAACAAUCCUUAUACCGAUCAGUACUAAUAUGUAAUACGUUAAAGCGCAUAGAUCGUGAAAUUGAAGCCGAAGCAAAAGAAUUACAUCAGGUGGCAGCGCAUAUAGCACAACAACAUCACCAUCAACAUGCACAAUAUCAUCAACACCAUCAUCCGCACCAUUUGCAGCAUCAUUCGCAUCAUAAUCACCAUCAUAGUCAGCAGCAGCAAAUUAGUCAGCCACAACAGCAACCGCCACAAGCACUGUUGCAUCAACAACAACAGCAUUUAGAAUAUGCACCAGUAAUGAAUUGUGCAAGACUAGCCAACAUGGAGUAUCAAGUGCAGCAGCAGCAUCAAACGCAACAACAUCAACUGCAUCAACAACAACAGCAGCAGCAGCAGCAACAACAGCAACAUUUUCAACAACAGCAGCACACGCAAAUGUAUCACAAUCAACACGACCGUUUAGAUACGCCACCGCCAUAUUUAACAACGCCACAACCGCAACUACAAAAACCUUUAACCAAUUUCAACCUGAACAAUACCAACUGUGAUUCAAAUGUAACAACUUCGGCGACACUACAUCCAUACGAUCAUUAUCCUUUCCGGGACGCACAAUCAGGCCGAGCAACACCUUUUCCAUGCCAAACUGUGAUCUCAACACCAUUGGCCUCAGUGCCACAAACACAAGCACCCACGGCAGUGAGUCCAACAGCUACUGUAGUUGCACCACCAACAGCACCCUUAGCAACACAGGUAGCCAACACAGCAAUGCCAGUAGCAACCAACCUAACGAGUGCCACCAGCUGUUUGAAUGAUAGUGAUAGCGGGUAUGCGGACGAUGAUUCAACGAGAUCAAUUAAUUGGAGUUCUGUGCUGAGUCUUUCCUCACAAUCAGCACUAGAUCCAUUAAAUAAUAAUGAUUUAUUUUCAAUAUUACCACCAGUUACAUCAGUAACAAAUCCUGCCACAGCUGUGCCUGUACCAAUAGCAACAGCCAACUCAACAUUAACUGCACAAAGUGAAUCCUCACAACAAAGUACAGCAGUAUCGAUUAGCGGUUCCUUUACAACGGUGCAAAGUUCAACCACAACAGCAACGGCUUGUUCAAGUGCCAGUACAAGUACAACAGCCAACAGUAGUGCAGCAAUAUCACCAACAUCGCCCAGCUCAUCUACAACGGCCACAUUCACUACACUCUCCACUAUUUCUUCUGCAACACACUCGCUCACCUCAUCGUUUGUAAGCACGAAUAUAACAUCAAGUUCUGCCUCAACAUGGGAAUAUGGUUUUCUAGAUAUGGAAUUUGGAUUGGGUACCGAAUUUACAGAACUAGUACCCAGCUGUAAACUUUCCUCCGAUGAACUCUUUAAAAAUGGUUUGACACCUGUAUCGACCUCACGUUAUUCCACCGUGCAUGAUAACGAUCUAGAACAACCGGCACAUAUCAUGGUCGGAAGUUAGUAUCAAUUGUAAGCACUAUAGGCCAGUGCGAUAGGCCAGUGAUAUUUUAUUAUGGCAUAUAGCCAAGCUUGUGAUGUACGCACUAAGAAGAAGCAGGUUCCUUCUACUUCAACUACAAUUUUACGAGUAUAAUCUUCAGUUUUAUAUUUGAUAUUUAUUUUUUGUACACAAAAGUAUUUGUCUUCACUCUCGUUUAAGCCUCGUUUUGCA